AAAGGUAUUGUACCAAUUCUUGCUUACAACAUUUCAGUACUAGACACGCGUGACACUGAAACGUGGAAUUCAUUGAAAGUGCUUAGUCAUAGACCAAAACCAGGGAGGAGGGUAUUUGGGAGCACAUUCUAUUGGCUGCCAGGAACUAAGCUUUUUUGUUAUCAUUCAGGAGUAACAUAAUUUGCAGUAGUUAAACGCCUGAUCUGUCUGAAUACUAUGGCAACUCAAACCAAGGUAAAUCAAUGAGAAACGUUAAGGAAGAUAUGAGAAUAUUACUUAUCACGUGCACUGAUGUACUUUUCUACCCUUUAGCCCAUUCUUCAUGGAUAUUUCAGGAGUUCAUGCUCUUGGAGGGUUCGAAUCGGUAAGUACCUUUUGACUAUGUAUAUUCCACAUCUCUGCCUACUUUACAACAUAAUUCAAUUGUCAAAUAUUUUUGACACUGGAAAUAAAUAACCUACGUUGCUUCUUCCAGCUUUUGCUCUUAAAGGUAUUGAAUUUGACCAAGUCCCAGUCAAUCUAAUCAAAGAUGGGGGUCAGCAGGUAACUUCCUCACGCCUCAUGCUUUUGCUUUUAAGGUAGAGGUAUUGAACCUCAAUAAUGGUGUAACAGAUAUAAUGUUCUCAUACUGUACACAUCAGCUUACAGACCAAUACAAGGGGUUAAACCCUAUGCAACAAGUGCCUGCUGUCCAAAUUGAUGGCAUCACCCUGUCACAGUCGGUGAGUCCAAUGAUGUUAUUGGUUUGUCAAUGUUCCAACAGUUAUGUACUUCUGAGAUACUGAUAAAAGUUAAGAUAACUUCUUAAAUCUUGCUCCAAAUUCCCCAAAUGCAACAUUGACAAAACUCAUCCACUCACCCUCAGCUGGCAGUGAUCCAGUACAUUGAGGAGACCAGAACAGGACCCAGGCUUCUCCCUGCAGACCCAAAGAAACGUGCCCAGGCACGCAUGAUCUCUGACCUCAUCGCCUCUGGGAUCCAGCCUGUGCAGGUGAGUGAAUUACAGCACAAAGAAAGUGGGUAAACGAGAGAAAAGUAUACAACCAAUUGAGGGCAUACCAGUCCACUGCAGAUCUGACCCAAUUUGUAAAACAAACUUUGUUUACUGUAUGGACGUCAUGUGGUUGAAUUGCCAUUGCAACAAUGAUGACUAUAGAGGUACACCGUCGUCUGAUCAUUUGUAUUUCAGAAUUUGUACGUGCUACAGAAGAUAGGAGCCGAGAAGGUGCAGUGGGCACAGCAUUUCAUCCAAAGAGGUUUUGAAGGUGGGUAAAAUAGCCUUACAUACAAUACCAGUAUCAUUCUAGACAACCAUUACAGGCCUGACUCAUGCCCCUAUGUGUCUCUCAGCCCUGGAACCCAUUCUGAAAGAGACAGCUGGCAAGUACUGUGUAGGGGACGAGGUGAGGGGACACUCAUCACAUCAAAACACAGUAGACAUCUCUUCAAGUUUAGGAAUUCUUGAACUAACCAUGUUUACCUUUUAGAUUUCCAUGGCAGACAUCUGUCUCGUCCCUCAAGUCUAUAAUGCUGAACGGUAAGGCACCCACAGUCAUUCAGAACUGUUAUAGAAGUACACCACAGUAUGAGACCGAUUCAUCACUUAACAUACAACCCACGAGACUUUUACAUUUGCCCAACAGGUUCAAAGUGGAUGUUGAUCAGUUCCCAACUAUCAAAAGGCUAAACCAGACCUUACUGAAGGUAGAUGCUUUCAAAGGGAGUCAUCCGUCCUGCCAACCAGACACACCUGCUGAAAUAUGUACUUGAGAACCCCUGAUGUCUAAGGGAGCCAGUAGUGCCACAAUCAUUGAAUACUUCAAUAAAAUGCUUUGAUAUGUCUUUGGUUUCAAUCUCAUUAAAUAAG